CCGCGGGGAGCGGCGUGGGCCGUGGCAGGAUGAACCGGGCCAAGCCCGCUGCCGUCCGGAGGCCCAGCGCCACCGCCAAGCCGUCAGGGCACCCCCCGCCAGGGGACUUCAUUGCUCUGGGCUCCAAGGGUCAGGCCAAUGAGUCGAAAGCAGCGUCCACCCUGCUGAAGCCAGCCCCUUCGGGCCUGCCUUCCGAGCGCAAGCGGGAUGCUACAGCUGCCCUGUCGGGUGCCUCAGCCCUGACCGGCCUCACCAAGCGCCCCAAGCUCUCCUCUACGCCUCCGCUGAGUGCCCUGGGGCGCCUGGCCGAGGCUGCGGUGGCAGAAAAACGAGCCAUUUCUCCUUCAAUUAAGGAGCCGUCUGUGGUGCCAAUCGAAGUGCUGCCCACGGUGCUGCUGGAUGAGAUCGAGGCUGCUGAGCUGGAAGGCAACGAUGACAGGAUCGAGGGUGUGCUGUGUGGAGCCGUGAAGCAGCUGAAGGUCACACGUGCCAAGCCCGACAGCACGCUGUACCUGAGCCUCAUGUACCUGGCCAAGAUCAAGCCCAACAUUUUCGCCACCGAGGGCGUCAUCGAGGCCCUGUGCAGCCUCCUGCGGCGGGAUGCCUCCGUCAAUUUCAAGGCCAAAGGGAACAGUCUGGUGUCUGUGCUGGCCUGUAACCUCCUCAUGGCUGCGUAUGAGGAGGAUGAGAACUGGCCCGAGAUUUUUGUCAAGGUGUACAUCGAGGACUCCCUGGGGGAGCGCAUCUGGGUGGACAGCCCCCACUGCAAGACGUUUGUGGACAAUGUCCAGACAGCAUUCAACACCAAAAUGCCCCCCAAGAGCAUGCUGCUGCAGGGGGAGGCAGGGCGCGGCGGUGGGGACCUCGGUGCUGGAAGCAGCCCCCACCCAUCCCUCACGGAGGAGGAGGACAGCCAGACGGAGCUGCUGAUCGCGGAGGAGAAGCUGAGCCCCGAGCAGGAGGGCCAGCUCAUGCCCAGGUACGAUGACCUCGCAGAGAGCGUGGAGGAGUAUGUCCUGGACAUGCUGCGGGACCAGCUCAACCGGCGCCAGCCCAUCGACAACGUCUCCAGGAACCUCCUGCGGCUGCUCACCUCCACCUGCGGCUACAAGGAGGUGCGGCUGAUGGCGGUGCAGAAACUGGAGAUGUGGCUGCAGAACCCCAAGCUGACGCGGCCGGCCCAAGACCUGCUGAUGUCCGUGUGCAUGAACUGCAACACGCAUGGCUCCGAGGACAUGGAUGUCAUCUCUCACCUGAUCAAGAUCCGCCUGAAGCCCAAGGUCCUUCUCAACCACUACAUGCUUUGCGUCAGGGAGCUGCUGAACGCACACAAGGACAAUCUGGGCACCACCAUCAAGUUUGUGAUCUUCAACGAGCUUUCCAAUGCACGAAACCCCAACAACAUGCAGAUCCUCUACACCGUGCUGCAGCAUAGCGCUGAGCUGGCACCCAAGUUCCUGGCCAUGGUGUUCCAGGACCUGCUGACCAACAAGGACGAUUACCUCCGGGCCUCACGGGCCUUGCUCCGGGAGAUCAUCAAGCAGACCAAGCAUGAGAUCAACUUCCAGGCUUUCUGCCUUGGACUCAUGCAGGAGCGCAAGGAGCCCCAGUACCUGGACAUGGAGUUCAAGGAGCGGUUUGUGGUCCACAUAACAGAUGUGCUGGCUGUGUCCAUGAUGCUGGGCAUCACGGCUCAGGUGAAGGAGGCCGGCGUCGCCUGGGACAAGGGAGAAAAGAGGAACCUGGAGGUGCUACGCUCGUUCCAGAACCAGAUCGCUGCCAUCCAGCGAGAUGCCGUCUGGUGGCUGCACACCGUCGUCCCUUCCAUCAGCAAACUCUCCCCCAAGGACUACGUGCACUGCCUCCACAAAGUGCUGUUCACAGAGCAGCCUGAGACCUACUACAAGUGGGACAACUGGCCGCCUGAGAGUGACCGCAACUUCUUUCUGCGUCUGUGCUCGGAGGUGCCCAUCCUGGAAGAUACCCUGAUGCGCAUCCUGGUCAUUGGACUGUCCCGUGAGCUUCCACUGGGCCCCGCAGAUGCCAUGGAGCUUGCUGACCACCUGGUGAAGCGAGCAGCAGCUGUGCAGGCAGAUGAUGUGGAGGUGCUGAAGGUGGAGCGCAUCCAGCUGAUCGACGCUGUCCUGAACCUGUGCACCUACCACCACCCCGAGAACAUCCAGCUCCCGCCCGGGUACCAGCCUCCCAACCUGGCCAUCUCCACCCUCUACUGGAAGGCGUGGCCUCUGCUGCUGGUCGUUGCUGCCUUCAACCCUGAGAACAUCGGCCUGGCUGCCUGGGAGGAGUACCCGACCCUGAAGAUGCUCAUGGAGAUGGUGAUGACCAAUAACUACUCCUACCCACCGUGCACCCUGACGGAUGAGGAGACCCGCACGGAGAUGAUCAACCGUGAGCUACAGAUCUCCCAGCGGGAGAAGCAGGAGAUCCUGGCCUUCGAGGGCCACCUGGCCGCCGCCUCCACCAAGCAGACCAUCACAGAGAGCAGCAGCCUCCUCCUGUCUCAACUCACCAGCUUGGACCCCCAAGGGCCCCCCCGGAGGCCUCCUCCUCAUAUCCUGGAACAAGUGAAAGGCCUCAACCAGUCCCUUCGCCUCGGGCACUUGCUGUGUCGGAGCCGCAAUCCAGACUUUCUUCUCAACAUCAUCCAGAGGCAGGCCUCCUCGCAGUCCAUGCCCUGGCUGGCAGACCUGGUGCAGUCUAGCGAGGGCUCCCUGGACGUGCUGCCUGUGCAGUGCCUGUGCGAAUUCCUGCUUCACGAUGCUGCCGACGACACUACCUCUGGAGAAGAGGAGGACGAGGGAGAGAGCAGAGAACAGAAGGCCAAGAAGCGGCAGAGACAACAGAAGCAGCGGCAGCUUCUGGGACGCCUGCAGGACCUGCUGCUGGGCCCGAAGGCUGAUGAGCAGACCACGUGCGAGGUGCUGGACUACUUCCUGCGGCGCCUGGGCUCCUCCCAGGUGGCCUCUAGGGUGCUGGCCAUGAAGGGUUUGUCGCUGGUGCUCUCCGAGGGCAGUCUGCGGGAUGGGGAGGAGAAGGAACACCCCAUGGAGGACGAUGCUGUGGACACAGAUGGGCUGCAGGGCUACCAGUGGCUGCUGCGAGACCUGCCCCGGCUGCCCCUGUUUGACAGUGUCCGGAGCACCACAGCCCUGGCUCUGCAGCAGGCGAUCCACAUGGAGACCGACCCGCAGACCAUCAGCGCCUACCUGGUCUACCUGUCCCAGCACACACCCGUGGAGGAGCAGGGCCAGCACGGCGACCUGGCCCUGGACGUGGCCCGGCUGGUCGUGGAGCGUUCCACCAUCAUGUCCCACCUCUUCUCGAAGCUGUCCUCCAGCGCUGCAUCAGAUGCUGUGCUGGGCGCGCUGCUGUCCAUCUUCUCGCGCUAUGUGAGACGCAUGCGCCAGAGCAAGGAGGGCGAGGAGGUCUACAGCUGGUCCGAGUCCCAGGACCAGGUAUUCCUGCGCUGGAGCAGUGGGGAGACGGCCACCAUGCACAUCCUCGUGGUGCAUGCCAUGGUCAUCCUGCUGACGCUGGGCCCACCCCGAGCUGGUGACAGCGAGUUCCAGGCGCUGCUGGACAUCUGGUUUCCCGAGAAAAAGCCGCUGCCCACUGCCUUCUUGGUGGACACGUCUGAGGAGGCGCUGUUGCUGCCUGACUGGCUGAAGCUGCGCAUGAUCCGCUCCGAGGUCCCUCGCCUGGUGGACGCUGCCCUGCAGGACCUGGAGCCGCAGCAGCUGCUGUUGUUCGUGCAGUCCUUUGGCAUCCCCGUGUCCAGCAUGAGUAAGCUCUUGCAGUACCUGGACCAGGCGGUGGCCCACGACCCCCAGACACUGGAGCAGAAUAUCAUGGACAAGAACUACAUGGCCCACCUGGUCGAGGUCCAGCACGAGAGAGGAGCCUCUGGAGGCCAGACGUUCCACUCCCUGCUCACGGCCUCUCUGCCCCCGCGCCGAGAAAGUACAGAGGCACCAAAACCAAAGGGCAGCCCCGAGCACCCUGCAGGCCAGGGCAGGAUCCGUGCCGGGACCCAGGUCCGCGUGCUCGGCCCCGAGGAUGACUUGGCCGGCAUGUUCCUGCAGAUCUUCCCUCUCAGUCCUGAUCCACGCUGGCAGAAUUCUAGCCCCCGCCCCGUGGCCCUGGCCCUGCAGCAGGCCCUGGGCCAGGAGCUGGCCCGCGUCCUCCAGGGCAACCCCGAGGUUCCAGGCAUCACGGUGCGCUUCCUGCAGGCCAUCGCCACCCUGUUAGGCUCACCACAUGGUGGAGCCCUGGUGAUGUCCAUGCACCGCAGCCACUUUCUGGCCUGCCCGCUGAUGCGCCAGCUCUACCAGUACCAGCGCUGCGUGCCGCAGGACACCGGCUUCUCCUCGCUCUUCCUCAAAGUGCUCAUGCAGAUGCUGCAGUGGCUGGAUAGCCCCGCCGUGGAGGGCGGGCCCCUCCAGGCCCAGCUCAAGCUGUUUGCCACCCAGUACUCAGCGCGGCGCAGGAUCAGCGAUGUGCGCAGUGGGCUCCUGCACCUGGCCGAGGCCCUGGCCUUCCGCCGGGACCUGGAGGUGGUCAGCUCUACCGUCCAGGCCGUCAUCGCCACCCUUAGGUCUGGGGAGAGGUGCGGCGUGGAGCCAGAGCUCAUUGGCAAAGUCCUCCGGGGGCUGAGAGAGGUGAGGUCCCCCCAUCUGGAGGAGCUGCUGACUGCGCUCUUCUCUGCCCCCGUGGAUGCUGCCUCCCAGUCUCCAGCUUCAAAGCCCGUCGUGGUGGUGAGCUCCCUGCUGCUGCAGGAGGAGGAGGAGCCCCCGGCCUCAGGCAGGCAGGGUGCAGAUGGCGGAAGCCUGGAGGCCGUGCGGCUGGGGCCUGCGUCAGGGCUCCUUGUGGACUGGCUGGAGAUGCUGGACCCCGAGGUGGUGAGCACCUGCCCUGACCUGCAGCAGAGGUUGCUCUUCUCCCGGAGGAAGGGCAAAGGCCAGGCCCAGGUGCCAUCAUUCCGCCCCUACCUCCUGGCCCUCUUCACGCACCAGUCCAGCUGGUCCACGCUGCACCAGUGUAUCCGUGUCCUGUUGGGCAAGAGCCGGGAGCAGAGGUUCGACCCCUCGGCCUCCCUGGACUUCCUCUGGGCCUGCAUCCAUGUUCCACGCAUCUGGCAGGGCAGGGACCAGCGUACUCCGCAGAAGCGGCGGGAGGAGCUGGUGCUGCGGGUCCAGGCCCCGGAGCUGAUCAGCCUGGUGGAGCUGAUCCUGGCCGAGGCCGAGGCGCGGAGCCAGGACGGGGACGCGGCCCCCUGCAGCCUCAUCCAGGCCCGGCUGCCCCUGCUGCUCAGCUGCUGCCGUGGGGACGACGACAGCAUCAGGAGGGUGACGGAGCACCUGGCAGGCUGCGUCCAGCAGCGGGGGGACAGUGUGCUGGGCAGGCGCUGCCGGGACCUGCUUCUGCAGCUCUACUUGCAGCGGCCGGAGCUCCGGGUGCAUGUACCUGAGACCCUGCUGCACAGCGACGGGGCCGGCGGCAGCAUCUGCAGGCUGGACAGCCUCAUCCACCGCUUCAUCACCCUUCUUGCGGACACCAGCGACUCCCGGUCGUCUGAGCGAGGGGCGGACGCCAACAUGGCUUGCCGGAAGCUGGCUGUGGCCCACCCCCUGCUGCUGCUCAGGCACCUGCCUAUGAUCGCCGCGCUUCUGCACGGCCGCACCCACCUCAACUUCCAGGAGUUCCGGCAGCAGAACCAUCUGACCUUCUUCCUGCACGUGCUGGGGGUGCUGGAGCUGCUGCAGCCGCGGCUGUUCCGCGGCGAACACCAGGGGGCGCUGUGGGACUGCCUGCUCUCCUUCAUCCGCCUGCUGCUGAAUUACAGGAAGUCCUCCCGCCACCUGGCUCCCUUUAUCAACAAAUUCGUGCAGUUCAUCCACAAGUACAUCACCUGCAACGCCCCGGCUGCCGUCUCCUUCCUGCAAAAGCACGCCGACCCACUCCAUGACCUGUCCUUCGACAACAGCGACCUGGUGAUGCUGAAGUCCCUCCUCGCGGGGCUCAGCCUGCCCAGCAGGGACGGCAGGGCCGACCGUGGCCUGGAUGAGGAGGGUGAGGACGAGAGCUCUGCCGGCUCCUUGCCCCUGGUCAGCGUGUCCCUCUUCACCCCUCUGACCACCGCUGAGAUGGCCCCCUACAUGAAGAGGCUUUCCCGGGGCCAGACCGUAGAGGAUCUGUUGGAGGUUCUGAGCGACAUAGAUGAGAUGUCCCGGCGAAGACCCGAGAUCCUGGGCUUCUUCUCGACUAACCUCCAGAGGCUGAUGAGCUCACCCGAGGAGUCCUGCCGCAACCUGGCCUUCAGCCUGGCCCUGCGUUCCAUUCAGAACAACCCCAGCAUCGCGGCCGACUUCCUGCCCACGUUCAUGUAUUGCCUGGGCAGCCGGGACUUCGAGGUAGUGCAGACGGCCCUCAGGAACCUGCCUGAGUACACCCUCCUGUGCCAAGAGCAUGCGGCCGUGUUGCUGCACCGGGCCUUCCUGGUGGGCGUGUACGGCCAGGUGGACCCCAGUGCCCAGAUCUCCGAGGCCCUGAGGAUCCUGCACAUGGAGGCCGUGAUGUGAACCUGCAGCCCACCUCGCUCCGGCCUCGGCAUCCUCAGCACGUUGGCGGGGCCCCUAAGGCCCCGGUGGUCUCACCUGGGAGCCCUGAAGCCGGGUGCGGGCUGGGAGCGGCCUUCGGAGGCCCUGGCCAUGGCUCCGGGCCAGCUGCUGGUGUGGGUGCAGCCGCCUGCUGAGGCCUCGCCGCCUGGGUCGCAAGAGUGGUAGGGCGCAAGGCCCAGCGCCAGGAGGGGCUGGUUUUAAAUGAAACAUCCUGAGUUCUGUGUGCACUGAC